AUGCAAUUAUUGGGCAAAUUUCAAAUCAUCUUCGUCUUGUUGUCAUGUGUUAUAUUUCUUAACGCGUGUGAUUAUGUCACUUGUCUGAAUGCUUCGCAAAGAAUUGAAGGAUUCGGAUAUCCGUUGGAGACGUAUGAAGUUUGGACCGACGAUAGGGCUCAUUUGGGCUUAGAACGAAUACCGCAUAAUGGCAACAAAGUUAUCGGAAGACCCGUUCUUUUAAUGCACGGAAUGUUUUCAGAUUCAGUUGUAUUCGCAGCACAGAACUCGUCACUGGGUUUCGUACUAUCGGAUGCCGGUUUUGACGUUUGGUUAUACAAUUCCAGAGGUACCGGUCUUUCAAGAACACUCAGUAUUUAUAAGGGACCUGGUUCACUACCAAACAUGAAUAGAGUAUCGUGGGAUUUUAGUUUUCACGAAUUGGGUGUCUACGAUUUGACCGCAGUUAUAGAUUUCAUUCUGAAAAAAACUGAAUAUUCUAAACUGGACAUUGUUGGGUACUCCUUAGGAGCAACUGUAGCCUUUGUUUGCUUGUCCGAUAAGCCAGAAUACAACGAUAAGGUCAACAAACUUGCACUCAUAGCCCCAGCGACUAAUUUUAAAACGUCACCGGUCACUGCCAUUGCUAAGCAGUUUUCAGAAAUUGUAUUGAUAAUCUUGAAUGGAUUAGAUUUCUUCCCAUUUACCGUGGAUCCAGACACUACGUUAAGUAAAUUAAGAAACAUGUGUGCAAAUGAAAGCGUCUUAAUGAGUUGUAAGAGGUUUAUCGACGUACUGGAUGGAGUUGUCUUACCCAUUGACAACAACUCCGUUUUGGACUUUGCUGCUGCAUUUCCACAACCAGUGUCAUCUAAACUGUUGAAACAUUACCUUCAAGUAGUAAUGAAAGACAAAUUUAGUCAUUACGAUUAUGGGACUUCUGGAAAUUUGCUGCGUUACAAUAAAAUAAUGCCACCAGAAUAUAAUUUGUCCAAAGUUACAGUACCCACAUUUGUUAUAAAUUCAAAAGCUGAUUAUCUAUCUACACCAAAGGACGUAAAAAGGCUCACAAAUUUGUUACCAAAUAUUAAGGAAGUGAGUUAUAUUGACCAAGUACAAGGUGGUCAUCUCAGUGUUGUAAUAAAUCCAAAUACAAGAGAAAUCGUGAACUCGUUUAUAGCAACUAAAUUAUUAGAUUAA